AGUAAACCCUACACACAACACAUCUCGCCCAUUGAUAAGCCCAGUGAAACAAACAAAAAUAAACAAUAAAUAAAUUAAAUAAACGAACUCUCCUUGUUAUCAUGUCGAUGCUAAUAACCCCCUCGAGUUUUCCAAAAUAAAUUCCAUUCGGUUUCUUAUGAUUUCGAGCUUCAAUCGACCCAAAUCAAAACACUCAUUCUUCAUAUUCUAUCGUGAGUUGUGAGGUGAACCCAAAAGCCCAAAGCCAAUUGUCCAUUAGUUAGAAUAGAACGUUAAUAAAAAAUAAAGAAAAACAACAGAAACAACAAAAUGUGCAUAAAUUAAAAGUUGUACCUCUUAAAGUUUCACAAAGUCGUUUGGUAAAUUUAAUUACACCAUAAACUAGUGAUGUGGAUAUUCGGAUAUCUUCCAGUAGCUAAACAAAAUACUCUCCUACCCUGGGUGAUCCAUGUUUGCGCCCAUAUAUGCAUUUUGAGGCAGCAUUUUGUGUCGGGCGAGAGAAUAGCCCUACUGCCGUCCCCCACCCACUUCCAGCCAUGUGAUCGCAGUAGGAAAGUUUUUACCGAGCCCUAUGGUGAGAUUUCCGAUGGACCCGCCGGAUUCAAUUAUACACAAGACUCGCACUGUGAAUGGCUUAUCAAGGCCAGAAAUGCGAGUCAAUUUAUCACACUCACGUUCCAUAGCAUGGGAACAGAAUGCUCGUAUGACUAUAUUUAUGUUUACGAUGGUGACACAUUCAAUGCUACGCUACUGGGCAGUUUUAGUGGACGGACGGAGCCUCAACGUCUUGUUGCUAGUUCUGGAAAUAUGCUGAUUCUGUUGUAUAGUGACACAAAUUACGUGUUAGACGGCUUCCGGGCAUCGUACUACAUAUCAAACUGUUUAAACAACUGCCACAACCACGGCAAGUGCGUAGGCCAUCAGUGUGUUUGUCAUGGAGAAUGGGUUGGACCCGAUUGCAAGGAUGAAGCGUGUCCGGAUAAAUGUGGAGAAUUAUUUGGGCGAGGGAAGUGUAUUAAUGGAAUGUGCAAAUGCGAACAGGGAUAUACCGGCAAGCUAUGUGACUUGUAUGUCAAUCCAAAUGGCAGCAAUUGGAGAUGGUUAGCAGCAGAUUCCGAUGGAAUGACACCAAGAGCAGCACACACUUCGGUGUAUGUAGAAGAACAGGAUUCUUUGUAUGUUUUUGGUGGAUACGAUCUAAAUCACGUGUUGGAUUCACUUCAAAUUUAUCGUUUCAAUACAAGUCAAUGGGAAGAUGAAUGGGGAAUUCCCCUACACAAUCGACAUCACUUCUAUCAACCACAAAAGAUAGAUCGCACUUUACUUCAGGCAGUUCUCUCGAAUCACAAUGAAGACGAAGCUAAAUUAUGGGGUCUAAAUAGUAAUGUAUCAUUUUUUACAAAUGUUCUACAUACUUUGGCCAAGAGCAACUUGAAUCAGCGAAGAACUCGAUCGUACACAAAUGAAACCGAACAGAAUUUAUCUAGUUUCUUUGAAGAUAUUUUGGAAAAUGUCACCGAUAAUAAGCCAUUGGCUCGUUAUGGUCAUGCGGCAGAUAAUGUGCCAGAUGGAUUUGUUAUUUUUGGAGGAAAGCUUGAAAAUGGUAGUUUUUGUAAUGACUUGUGGUUCUACAACACAACUGAAAGUGGAGGAAAGUGGCGUUUGAUGGCUAAGAAUUCAAUCAUUACACCUCCUGCCGUUGCUAGACACUCAAUCAAUCGAGCUGAGGAAUUUCUUUAUCUCUUUGGAGGGACACUGGAAACAGGAGAUUUUUCUUCAAGAAUUUUUCGAAUAAAAGUACCAACGCCUGAUGCUGAUGAAAACGAUGAGCAAUGGGUUGAGAUAAAUCCUCGCGGUGGCAAGACACUGGACGUCCGCUUGGCAGCUCACUCAACUGUGUUCUAUCAGCAUUCGAACUCGUUAAUUGUGUUUGGUGGAAUCAUGACAAGUUUAGCGAGAUUUUCCAAACUUUCCGAUCGCAUUUACUCCUUCCAAUUGGAUAAAUUCCACUGGACUGAAAUUCUUUAUCCGAAAACUGCUCUGCGAGAUACAAAUAUCCCACGGGAACGUGCAUUUCACACUGCCACCAUAUCUGGGAAUCAUAUGAUAGUAUUUGGAGGCUACACUCAUCGCCACAACAAGGAAGAGAUUUGCUAUGACAACCAAAUGUAUUGGUACCAUCUGAGCUGCCACAUUUGGAUAAAUCAAGAAGUCUCGAACGAUAAGCGUCCGUAUCCGAAGAAGCAAGGUGUCUUUGCACAUGCCGCUUCACUCAGACUAAACAAUUCACUACUGAUUGUUGGCGGCUACCAUGGAAAUGUCAAUGCUGAUCUUUUUGCAUACGAGUUGCCGCAGGUGCUGCGGGUUCAAAAUGACAUAUACAAUCCUGAAAAGUCCUGCCGUCUGCAUAUUUCUCACACAGCAUGCCUCUCAGAUCCGGAGUGUGGCUGGUGUUCGGCAGAUAGCAGCUGUUAUGGGCGAACUAUUGGAGCCAACUGCACAACUAAUCUCCAAAUUACCCGAUGUCCUGGGAUUUGUCCAUCACUUGGUGACUGCCAUUCCUGUUUGGUCCAUGGAACCCAGUGGUCCUCUUCGAAAAGCUAUUUCAGUGUAGCCAGCAAAUUGGGAUUGAAUGAGUGUACUUGGUGCGUCCAGAACGCCAGGUGUCACCAUCGAGAUGACAACUACGGUGUUUGUGGAGAAGACACACCAUCUCAUACACCCGGUUGGUGGGGCGACAAGGGCACCGAAAUUUUAAGACCGGAACAAUGCACCCAUCUCGAUCGUCGUCCGGGAUUGACCUACAUAAAAUAUCACUACCCUGUGAACCUGACAAUGCCUGAUUAUGUGUCGAUUGUGAAUGCGACAAUGGUGGACUUCGCCUCGCCCACUCCCACAACUCAGAUGGAACACCAAUUCAGUGGCGAAAUGUUGGCGCGACUCACUGGAUUCGUUAGACCGCCGAAGAACUGGGACCAAACAGAGUUCCAAAUAUGCACCAGUUACUCGUCUUCGGUGCUGAGAGCAGGCCUUGGAACGACUUUGAGCGGAUUGGAAGAUAUAUCGAAUCAAACUACAACGCAAUCAUUCUGCAAGAGCGUGAAGACGCUGAGCAUGGACCUACCAUUUCUGAUUGACUUCCAGGCAAGGAGAAAAAUCGGCGCUGGAAGUGUGUAUAACACUUAUCAAAAAAGUCAAAUGGAGCUGCAGCAUUCCAGCCAUGGAAAUCUUAAGGCAUUCACCUUCGAAUACCUGGAACCUUAUUUCUUUGGCGAGUGUGACAAAUACACAAAUUGCCUUGAAUGUCUGACAGACGCGGCUUGCGGGUGGUGUGACCUCAAUACCAAGUGUUUCUCACGAGCCAUCAACGAAACGAAGGAAUGUGUUGUGUCGGAUGAGAAGUCGACUUCGUGGAGAUACCUGAUCACUCAACCAGGACAAUGCAACAAUUGUUCCAAUUAUAUUUCCUGCGAGGAAUGUAUUGACACAAAACUAUGCGAGUGGUGGGCUGAAGAUGCGCGGUGCUCCCGGCUGGGUAAAUCACCCACCGGCAUCCAGGAGAUCUCUCAGUGUCCGAUGCCGUGUCGUCUGCGAAGUUCCUGCUCGGAGUGUCUUAACGAUCGUGGACGCUGCGUUUGGUGUGAGGCGAAUUCGCAGUGCUUCAGUUUCGCCGUCUACACAAGUGAAUAUCAAUUUGGAAUGUGCCGAGAAUGGAUGGAUCAAUCGAUUGCCCCGAUAUCUGCGGCCUUCGAGACUCCCUCGCCGCUCGCGUCGAAUUCAAUUGGGAAACCCAAGCCACAGCAGUGCAAGUCAUGUUCCCAGCACACCAAUUGUUCGGGCUGCUUGAAAACCUUGAACUGUGGAUGGUGUUUCGAUAGAGAUAACCCCAUAGAGGGCGUCUGCAUGCAAGGAGAUUUCAGUAGGCCGUUCGGGAAUUGUUCUAUCAUGUUGAACACGACCAAUCACGAUGAAGCCGAGUGGGCAUAUUCUCAAUGUCCGGAUGUUGACGAAUGUGGACUUGGUCUUCAUGAUUGCCACAAGGAAGCAAAGUGCACCAACACCCAUGGGUCGUAUAGCUGCCACUGCCGGCGCGGUUACAUCGGAGAUGGUCGACUUUCAUGUAUUCGGACUUGUUACGAGUCCUGCUCUCAUGGGCAUUGCUCAGGUUCCCCGGAUUAUGUGUGCAAAUGUGACCUUGGCUGGACUGGAGACGACUGUUCCGUGAAUUGCGGCUGUAAUAACCAUUCGACUUGUAAUGAGCGUGUGGGGAAGUGUGAUCAGUGCCAGGCGUGGACCGAGGGAGAACGCUGUGAACGUUGCCGCCCUGGAAGCUAUGGCAAUGCCACCUCCCUCGAAGGUUGCCAUCCGUGCGAAUGCAAUGGGCACGGGAAUCAGGAUCGAGGGAUCUGUAAUGCUCAAAACGGCGAGUGCUUCUGCAAGGACAACACUGACGGAUUCAAGUGCGACGUAUGCAACAAGAACUACUACGGAGAUCCCCGUGACGGAGGACAGUGCUAUUUUCAAUGUGAAAGCCGUGGAAGACUCAAAUCGGCAGGAAAACAUGGCAUCGGGUCGUAUCAGUCCGAUAAAAGCCCGUGGGGUGGCGCAGAGGUGCGGGAAUGCUUGUGGCUUGUGUCACCAGAACCAUCGGUCGCCGAAUCCGACACAAUCAUUCAAAUGGAGUUUGAGUGGUCAAGUUUGGUGAUGAAUUGUGACGAAAACGCCGUCUACAUCUACGAUAGUCUGCCAGAUCUCACCGGAACUAGCCAACAACGCCAGUUGGUAGGCAUUGUGUGCAAUCCUUACACCUCUCAGCGCAUAAUAGAAGCCCAUUCGGGACACUUGACCGUCCACUAUAAACAGGGCGGGGAGAACUUUGGUUUCAAUGCCAUUUACAACGUCAAGAACUGCGGAGCUCGCACCUGUCUCGAUCCGCACAUAUGCGACGACAAGGGAAAGUGCAUAUGUCCCCCGGGGUUCGUUGGCUCGAAGUGUGAGCUGCGCAUCUGCCCAAACAAUUGCAACUCUGAGACGGGAAAAGGAUUCUGCGACACCCACUAUGGUCGAUGUCUUUGCAGUCCAAACUAUGGAGGGCCAGACUGUGGAGUGGCAAUUAAAAGUAACCUCCUCCAAGUCACCGAACUCUUUAAUACGCUUUUCCUGAGUGACUCCUUGGAGCAUUUAAAGAAAACAAUUCCUCGUUUUGGACAUUCUCUAAACGCAGAUAAACGUGGGUCGUUGUGGAUGUUUGGGGGUUAUUCGCUUUCAAACGGACCGCUCAACGACAUCCGGCAGUUCGAUACGAAAAACAACACAUGGGUUCAAGUGGCAGUGGAAUCGACGCCAGACGCAAAGAUGCCAUUGGGUCGGUACUUCCAUGCGGCUGAGAUUUAUUUGGCCAAACAAUCAAUUUACAUCUAUGGAGGUUUGUCCCGGACGGAGAAGAAUAAGUCGGCCCGGGGACAAGUUCUCGAUGACUUCUGGCAGUUUUCCAUUCAAAACCAGCGAUGGGACGAAAUUGAAUUCUUUACGAAUGAACGCCCACCGCCAUUGGCGGGGCACACCUUGACAUUCAUUAAGAAACACGAUAGAGAAUCGUUGCUUUUGGUUGGCGGCAUUUCCUCAGACAAAGUUGUCAACCAGCUGGAGUUGUGGGAGUUCAAUUUGGAUGCCACUCGCUGGGAGCGAUUGCUGGCUCUCGGAGUGCAAAUGCCCGUUUUAUAUGGACACAGUGCAGUGUAUCACGCAACUUCGAAUACCGUCUAUGUUUUUGGAGGCUAUGCAUCGGGAGAGAUUCAAAACAAGCUUUACGCUUUGAAUCUGCAGAAGAUCACUUGGAUAGAGUUGCCAGUAUUUAAGGAGCUCAACAGGCCAGAGUACAAUCUUCCCCGAGGCAGAUACUUCCAUUCCGCUGUCACAACUGAAAAUUACAUGAUAGUAUAUGGCGGGCGGACGAAGCCGUACAAUGCCAGUGAUGUCCUGAUUGCGUAUAUCUACGAUUGCAAUCAGUGGGUCCGCUUGACGGAGGACGUUGAAAUCCUCGGCAAGUUGCCGCAAUACACAUUCGCCGAAGGAGUGACCAUAGAUCAGGAGAACAAGGCAAUAUACGUGGUGGGUGGAUGGGAUGGCAGUACACAAGGUCAGGUGAUAAAAGUUGGUCUUCCCGAUGAUAUAUGCCAAUUCUGGAGCACAGGGAAGUACAUGUGUCGACAUUACAUGGGCUGCAGCUUUUGCAGUGUGGUGUCCGAAGAGGAGACGUCUACUUUUUGUUUCUCCGAAGGAAACUCCGAAGUUUGUGAGUCGGCCAAUGGAACACUGAUUUCGAAUAUUGGCGCUCUGUGUGAUGAUGUUUGGAUGUCUCGGAGGAACUGUUUGACUUUCAACACUUGCUCAUCCUGCCUAGCGUCGUGGCCUACUCAUUCCGAGUUGAAUCCCGUGUGUCAGUGGUGCGAUGAUUGUGGAAUCGAAGGACGCUGUGUACCAGCUGGGGGUGACUGCGACAGACACAUGGCUUGGUGCCCCAAAGAGACAAGUGUUGGGUCACUCAAUCUCUGCCCUCAGCCACAAUGCCAUACUCUUAACUGUGAGACCUGCCUCCUUAACGAUAACUGCGAGUGGGCCCUGAAUGAUGUCGGGAUCACAGAGUGCAUAACAAAGGACCUUGUUGAAAAGAACCAAUACAAAGUGAUAGGAACUUGUCCGCCAGCGUGCAGCAACUUCAACAACUGCAGCACAUGUCUGACGGCCGAGCGGGAGAAUCCAAAGAAUUGCCGAUGGUCAGCUAUGCUCAAUGCGUGUAUAUCGCCCGGAACUCAGCCACUCUUCUGCGCCGGUGGAGUUUGUGGGUUGGUCUUAAGCUCGAACGAUAUUGAGCACUGCCCAGAGCCCUGCGAUGUCUAUACUCAGUGUGCGACUUGCUUGAAACACGCUCAUUGCGGCUGGUGUUCGAGGGAUGGCGAAAACGGAGAAGGUGUCUGCACAGAGGGUUCCCUGGAGGUUUCGUUGGGAAAUCAGUCAGCCCUGACGUGUGAACUUGUCUACCCGACAGCCAGCAAUAGCUCCUUGAUGAAUCUCUCAAGCACUCUCACAUGGAACUAUGUGCAGUGUCCAGCGGAAAAUGAGUGCAGCAAUGGACAUCACAAUUGCGAUGCUGUGUCGGAGGAGUGUACCGACUCCCACUUUGGCUAUCAGUGUAUAUGCGCCGAAGGUUAUCGUCAGGAAAACGGUUCCUGCGUGCCAGUCUGUUCUCAGGGUUGUGUAAGGGGGAAGUGCAUCCAGCCGAAUAAAUGUGAGUGUUUCUUUGGCUAUGUCGGAGCCAAUUGCAGCAUUCAAUGUCAAUGCAACGGCCACUCCAAUUGCGAGGGUCCCGACAAGCUUGACUCGUGUAUCAAAUGUCACAACAACACUAUGGGAGCCCAGUGCGAAAAGUGUCAGCCUCUUUUUGUGGGAAAUCCCAAAGAGGGCAAGAAUUGUGUGCCAUGUUUGGAAUACUGCAACGGCCACACUGAUGUCUGUGUCAAUGCUGAAUUUUACCCGGUUUACUUAAACAUGACCCGAGCCGAUUUGGAGAAUAUAUUGCCUCAAGGCCCCGAAGCCAAUGCCACCUGCUUACGAUGUAGUAACUUCACUGAUGGCAGCCGCUGUGACACUUGCAUCACUGGAUUCUUCCGUGGAACAGAAGAUUUGCACAAGGAAUGCCGCCCCUGUCAAUGUCACGGCCAUGGAAAUAUUUGUGACCCGGUCACCGGAGAGAAGUGCAACUGUGCGAAUAACACGGAAAGUGAUGCAACUUGCACCGCUGGGGGAGGGAAAAACUCAGCUCAGAUGUGUUGGAUGGUCCAAUGCUCGAAAUGCCGCGAUUCUUAUGCUGGAAAUCCCAUCGAUGGACAUCAAUGCUACAAGCAAAUAACAGUUGAAUCAAGGAUGUGUUUUGAUGCUAAACCAAUUGAAGAAUGCAAAGCAAAACCUUUGCCUUUGAAACCCGGCCAAACUGUGUUCUUUGUGAUUCAGCCCCGUUUUAUGAACGUCGACAUUCGGAUACUCAUCGACGUAACUCAAGGAGAGCUGGAUGUUUUCAUGUCUCCCCAAGACGAUUCGUUUAUUGUUGAGAAUAACGAAACUUCCGGACAUCACUCGGUGUUCCUGGACAAUCGCUAUCGGUGGGUGUCCAGAUCACACCUCUCAUACCCACUCAACAUCGCCCAACCGAAUAAUGUCACCAUUAAAACAAUGAUGAGUGAACACAAAACAUUCUGGACACCUCACAUACACGACUGUAAGUCUCUUGGCGGAACUGGCUUCUACGUCAAGGACAAGCACGCACGAGAAUUGAGCACCCACGUUACCCUGCACCAAUGCAACACACUUCUACGUCUGUUUGGAUUGAAGAACCGCCUUGUUCUCACCCUGCCCCAGAACUCGCACAAUUUGAGUGCAACGCGUUUCUUCAUAGCCCUGCGAGCCAGCCCCGGGUCGGAUCAGAGCUAUGGCUCCAUUGUGUUCCGACAGGAUCAACUACAUAUCGAUCUAUUUGUAUUCUUUUCGGUUUUCUUUUCUUGUUUCUUCCUCUUCCUGGCCAUAUGUGUGGUCGCCUGGAAGGCUAAACAAGCUGCCGAUCUGCGACGAGCUCGUCGACGUCACAUUGUCGAAAUGCUUCACAUGGCCAAGCGGCCAUUUGCCUGCGUUUUCCUUACCAUGUGUCACGACACUGAAAGUCCCAUGCCCUUCACUCGACGCGGUCGAAUAAAAGUCCUAUCAUCGUCGUCGUCGCAACAGUCCGCAAGUCCCCUGAUAAGAUUGGUGGCCAUAGAACCCACCGUAGACAAUUAUGCUGCAGUGGGAACUGUGUUCGUCAGUUUGCCAGGCAAUCAAAAGGCACCUAAUACUCUAGCUCUUGGAUCAUCUAUGAUCCUCUUUCCCCGACAAUAUCCCCUCAACGCAAGAAAUGCGCAAAGAAAUCGACGUUCCAGCUCUCAGCAGCAACUGCCCGUUAAUUGAGGAGCGCCCUUAAAUUAAUCGACUGAUCAUUUUUAUACAUAGAAGAUAUCUUCUAUCUUAGUUCUUAUUUUAUACUCUUCUAAAAAAAAAAAAACAAAAUGGAAACAAAACGGAAAUGAAGUUGAGGUAGAGGUGGAAAGAAUCUCAUCUUUAGGAACUUUUUUGAAACAUGUUUACAAACAAAAGUGUUCCAUCAAACUAUCCACAACAUAACAAUAAGUAAAAUAGUAAAGUAAUUAUUAGCAAUGAAUGUUGAGUGUUAAAAAACAAACUACCAUAAAAAGUAAACCCUUUAAUGUGAUGAAAAAUGAAAUGAUAUGAAAACCAUUUAACCUUUUAGGUGUUAAUAUAGUCAAUGUAUAGACAAAUUGUGUAUUUUAUUGGUAGGAGAAUAAUUGGCUAGGCUAAGGCGAUGGGCUGGCUAGGCGCAAAAGAAUCACACAUAAAUGUAUUGUUUUAUAUUUUAAACUAAGGUCAAAGUAUUCUCUUAGUUCCUGUACCUGUGUCAAUAUGUUGAAACAAAUUAUUAAAUUAUAAACUUUUUCGAUUAUAUCUACUUACAUAUAUUAUAUCCCCAUUAGACACCCCCCCUCCCCCUUAAGAAAAAUCGAUGAGCUCGAAUAUGUUUUUUUUGUAUGUAUUAUAAAUAAUAUUUCUUUUAUUUACAAUUAUCCAUAAUGUCGUAUUAUUUUAUAUAUUUUUUGGUUAUGGUUAUUGUGAAAUUAUUUUUGUAAGAUAUUGUUUUUUUAUUAUUAUAGUCAAUUAAAACAAAAAUUAUAAAUAUACAUAAUUAAUAUAUAAUUUAAGUCAAAUGCAAAACGUUGAACUGCACGAAGCUAUAUAAAAUGCAAUAUGAAUGAAUGUGAAUUGUAUUUUUAUUGUUAGAAAGAAAAAAACAAAACAAAAAACAAACCGUUGUAUUUUUUCGUUUGUUUAAUUAUUUUAAUUAAAUGUUUUUAUUUUAUUUGUUCUUGUCCUCAAAAAUUGAAUCUGAUCUGUAAUAUGCUCAUUUAGGAAAAUCCAUUUAAAGUGGAGAUCUCAAAAAAAAAAGGAGAAAAGAAUUUGUAUUUUGUGUGUUUUAAUUUUUUUAUAUUUUUUCAAUAUAAGUAAAUAAGAUGUUUUCCUAAGUCAAAAUCUAUUUUCUUUUUUAAUUUUGAAACUAAUUUUUUAUUUGUGUAAUAUAUAAAUAAAUCAAAAAAUUAUAUAUAUAUAUAUAUCCUACCCAUAAGGUUGAAAAGAAAUUAAGGUAUAAAGAAUAAUGUGAAUAUAAACGUG